AUGGCGUCUCUCGCGAACAAAGUCUUCGCCAUCACCGGAGGGGCCUCCGGAAUGGGUCUGGCAACCGGCCGACAGCUGGCCGCGGCAAAGGCCAGGGCGGUGGCCAUCGGGGACUACAACGACCAAGCCUUCGACGAGGCCCGCAAGCAGUUGAAGGCAGCCAACCCGGACGUUGAAGUGCUCACGACCAAACUCAACGUCGCCGACCCGGCGCAGGUGGACGCGUGGAUCGAGGAGAUUGUGGCCAAGUUUGGAGCCCUGGACGGCGCGGUCAACGCUGCCGGCGUCGCUCAGCCCGUCGGGGCGCGACAGUCGCCGACCCUGCUGGCCGAGACCAACGAGGAGUGGAACCGCGUGAUCGGCGUCAACCUCGCCGGUGUCUUCUACAGCAACCGGGCGCAAAUCAAGGCCAUGACCAGUCUGGAGAAGCGCGACCGCAGCAUCGUCAACAUUUCUAGUAUGGCGUCGCUCCUGCACGGCGGAGACUGCUACAGUUAUGGCGUGUCCAAGACCGGCGUCGCCUAUCUGACCACCUGUAUCGCGAAAGACGUGAAGCAGUUUGGCAUCCGGGUCAAUACUAUUUCUCCAUCCGCCACCAGGACCCCGAUGCUGGCACAGUUUUUCGCCGGAACCGCCGGAGCAGAGAGCAUCACCAGCGCGGCAGAUACAGGCGGGUUUAAUCUGGUUGAAGCCGACGACAUCGCUCGAACUGUCCUCUGGCUCCUCAGUGAGGACGCAUCGCAGGUAUUCGGAGUGAACUUGCCCGUCGGAGACACGGUACCAUAG